GUUCGGAUAUUAUACGUUCGGGUUUGGGUAUCCAAUCUCUCCUAAUUCAAUACCCGUUCGGGUAUUUUGCUACUUCGGUUCGGAUUUCGGUUAGGAUUUUUCGGAUCGGGUUCGGGUGCCACUUCGGAUAUCGGGUAAAGUGCCCACCCCUACCUUCUCUCUUCUUCCUCUUCUUUUCAUCACUAUUCAUUCAUAUACACUCUUCCUCUGAAAAGUCUUUGGUAUAUGUAAUUCAGUUCCGGUUUUGUAACCUAUGUAUUAUACCUUCUCUGAAUCUUUCUAUGGUAUUUGAUUUGUUUGUUGUCUCGGUUAGUUUAGUUUGAAUCUGAAAGCUCCUUCACUGAUGCAGACGUCUCCUCUUAUUUCAGUGACUUUGGAGCUGUGGAAGAUGUGAGGAUACCAUAUCAGCAGCAACGGAUGUAUAGGUUUGUUACUUUCGCUAAUGCUGAAACUGUGAGAACCAUAUUGGCUCGUGGGAAUCCUCAUUUCAUCUGUGAGUCUCGUGUGCUUGUUAAACCGUAUAAGGAGAAAGGAAAGAUCCUUCAAAACAAGUGGCAACAGCAGCAACUUCAGCAGCUGUUGGAUCUCUAUGAAUGUCACUUGGGGCCAAAGAUGUUUUCAAGGAACACAGAUGAGAUGAUGAGAAGGAAAGCUGAUUUACAACAUGCCAUUGAAGUAGAACUCCAAAGAAGAAGGUUCUUGGCUCUGCAAUUGCCUGAGAGGGAGAACGAGCUUAGUUUUUCUAUCGGCUCUCCUUCUCAUCUCCCACCUCGGUUCAACCAUAGUCUUCUCUUUAAUUCAGAAAGCAGCAUGGAAGAAACCACAGAAGGUGAUAGUGAUAGAGGUGAAAGCCAUCUUCAUCUAGUACCAAACAACAACAACGAACGUGGAUACAGUAGCGAGUUCUAAAAUAGGUAAAUGAGUGAUUUGAAUCAAGGCCUAAAUGAGUGUAUAUAUAAAAGCUUUAGGAUAUUAUGUCAUCAACAAAAAGCUAUUAUGAAUAACCUCAGACAAUAUAUGGAGGAUGAUCAGAUCAACAUAGUAACUGAAACUCCAAUUAGAUUUUCUUUUUGUUUUUUUUGGUCCUAGUUCUAUUGAUGGGCAAAAGCUGCAUAUGUUACUUUCUACCAUGAUUGUAUAAAAUGCAUGUAUGCAUGAUUGUACUAAUCUUUAUUUUUAUGUUUUUUAUAAAUGUAUGUUUAAAAUGUUAUCUUUUAAUAUGUUUUAUGAAUAAAUAAAUUUUGUCCAAAAAAAAUAAUGUUUAAUAUUUUAUUUUCUUAAGCACUCCAUAUUAAGCAUCUUGCAUUGGAGGAUCAAAAUAUACAAGUUUCUUAAUGAAAUGCUUAACACAUAUUUAAUAAUAAAAAAAGUGAUUAAGCACCCCAAUAGGAGUGCUAUGGAUAAUGUUGCUCUAACAUUAAAAGGAUUGUGUCCAUUGGUAAUAGCUCAUAAAGCUGGGAAAUAAAGCCACGCAAGAGUAAAGGAGCAAAGAAGAAGAAUGAGGAGAAAGAUUCUCAUUGUUAUUCAAGAAUGACAAGUCAAUUUUUGCUUCUUUACCUCUUUUUCUUUCUCUAUAACAAAAUAAUUAAUAUUGUGGUUGGGCAGUGUUGCCCAUUGCCAUAGAGAUAAGUGCUAAAACACCAGAUGAAUUCCAAGUGGCUCUCAAGGUUGUCAGAGAGCCUUACACUUUUCAUUUGAUAUAAGGUAAUGUUUUGAAAACCAGUGAAUACAGUUCUCUCACAUUGAGGAUAUGUUUUUGGUAAAGGGAAUCUCUACGGACAUAAUCUUAGGUGUGAGGAAGCUCUUGGCGGUCCAUGUUCAAACAUGCCACUUCACCAACUUCUCUCUUUCUCAUCAGGAGAGGGAGCAGCUUAUUUACGAGCACAUAGAAUACUACUUGAAUGAACGCAAGCAACAUCUAAACAAGCUGCAGCGAAUGCUGAACAUAGGUAUCUGUGUUAGUGUUGGAGGGAUAUUGUUCACCGGCUGGUACGGAGGUAUCAUAACAGUUCCAAUGUUUCAAAACUGAGAGUGGAGUUUGCCGCUUGUGUUUUUCAUCUUCAUGGAAGAAGACUUAUGGAUGAUUUUAGUGUGUUUUCUUUUCUUUUUGGUUUUUGUUUAAAUUUUAAUUUGUUUUUGAGUAAUUUUUCCCCCAAAUAAAAUAGAAAAUUUAACAACCAAAGCUUUAUCAAUUAUCACCUAAGUUAGCAAGCAAGUAAACAAAAACAAUUCUGAUUAUGGUUGGAUGACAAUUAGCUCUAUAAGCAACAAGCAAUUGUAGUAAAAUCUCCAUGAACACGGUUGCCAAGGAACAACCAAAAAACAGAUGUUGAUGUGAUUCACUAUGCCCGUAACAGAGAACACAAACAUCAGGCACAAAAACAUCUGUUCUCUUUAAAUGAUUUCACGCCUGAAAAAAAAAAACAGUUUCAGUAAGGUCCACA